AUGAAAAUCACAGAACCUAGUAAUUUAGAGUAAUCUCAAACAGACUCAAAACCAUCAACUCGACCUAUUUCAGUUUCUGAAACCUCAUAACUCAAAAUUAGGGAAAAUAACAUCGAAAUUUUAGAAAAAAAAUAUAAUAAAAUCCUGACAAUCGACAUUGAUGAUAUAAAAUUAAUGAAUUGGAUUAAGCAUGAGGAUUUCUAUGAAGUAACCUUUAAUUAUAAGCAGAAAUUUCAGGAUAAAUUUCUUUUUGACUUGCAUAGUGGGAGAUUAGGACAUCAAGCCCUUAUGACAAAAGUCGGAUAGGAUAAUUUUAAUUAUAACUAUCAAAAACUUGAAACUAUUAAAAAAAUACAAAAUGGGGAGAUUAUCAAAUGUCGAAAAAGAGAUAAUAAUGAAAUAUUUGCUGCUAAAAUACAAAAAAUUAAUCAUUUUCUAAUAGAGAGAGAACUUUAAAUUAAUUUGCACAUCGCCUAAAAUCCUCAUGAAAAUGUGGCGAGUAUGGUUGAAUACUAUUAGGAAAAUGAUCUUAUUAUCUUCAUUUACCCUUACUUUUCUGGAGGCACUUUAAAUUAACUUGUAAAUUCUAAUUCUAAGGACUUAAGUAAGAUUAAGGUGAAGACUAUAAUGAAAAAAAUUUUAUCUGGGUUAAAUCAUAUUCAUGGUUUGGGUAUUAUACACAGAGAUAUCAAGAUGGAUAACAUUAUGUUGGAAGAAAUAAAUGAUCAUAAAAGUGUUAGGAUCAUUGAUUUUGGAUUUUCAGCAUUCAAAGAUAAUUUAAAUUAUUUAUGCGAAAAAUGUGGAACUAUCGGAUACUUUGCUCCUGAAAUAAUUAAUGGAUAGUUCUACAAUUAGAAAUGUGAUAUAUACAGCUUAGCUUAAGUGUUUCAUAUGAUAUUAACAGGAAAUCCUAUGUUCGAUAGAAAUUUAAAUAGAUAAUAAAUUAUUAGAUUAUCAAAAAAUAAUUUGUUCGCUAUUGAUUAUAGAAAUGUUAAAGAAAGCAAGGCAUAAUCACUAUUAUUUAAAAUGCUUGAUUUUUAAGAAAAUAGAUAUGAUGUUAUAUAAUGUUUAGACCAUCCAUUUUUCUAUAAAUCUGAGAAUUUAGAAUCUAAGAUUAAAAGUGUUGAAACCUGUAAAUUCAAAUCUCCCUUCUGA